AUGUGUCUCGCCCAACAGAGUAGUGCGAGCUGCGACUUUGACCCGCCCAAGCAGCCUCGGUGGGUAUGUCGGGUACCAGCUCACUUCACCCUCAUAUCCAUGAUACAAGACAACAACCACAUCCUGUCAAAAUCAUCACAGCCAUCAUGGGUUCCAACGAAGGGCCCAAGCAACUCGCCACCGGGCCACUGGUACGCGUCCGUUGCCACAAUACGAGAACCCGCCGCUGACCGAUUCACAGCCCGACGAAGAAGCCCGUUGGAUCAAGCUAGUCAAGUGAGCUUCACCGACACAUCUCAACAGCCCCCCUCACCGUCUCCCUCCAGCUCACCUAACCUCCCCUCCUCUUUCUUCCCUAGGAUCGACUACCAGGAUCAGACGGGCAAGGCGCGGACGUGGGAGUCCGCCGAGCGGCGCACCCGUCCCACCGGCAGCGCCAUCGACGGCGUCGGCAUCGUCGCGCUCCUCGACGACCCUUCCACCGGCGCCAAGCACGUCGUCCUGCAGCGGCAGUACCGCCCGCCCAUCGACCGCGUGUCGCUCGAGAUGCCCGCUGGCCUCGUCGACGCCGGUGAGACCCCCGAGCAGGCCGCCGUCCGCGAGCUGCGCGAGGAGACGGGCUACGUCGGCGUCGUCGCCGAGACCUCCCCGGUCAUGUUCAACGACCCGGGCUUCUGCAACACCAACCUGCGCAUGAUCCACAUCCACGUCGACGCCAGCCUGCCGGAGAACCGCGACCCGCGGCCGCAGCUCGAGGACGACGAGUUCAUCGAGGUCUUCACCCACCCGCUCGCGGACCUCUGGGGGCUCUGCAAGAGACUCGAGGCCGAGGGCGUGGCCAUCGACGCGCGCGUCGGCACCCUGGCGGAGGGUGUGCUCCUGGCGCAGCAGCUCACGCUUUAA